CUGGGAUAUGUAGUUCUGCAGAGGCGCCAUGGUAGUAGGCUGAGUAGCUCCGCCUCCUGGUAAAUCGGACAGCUCCGCCUGCUGGUAGUUUCUCCUCCACCGGAGUUCACAUUGUCAGUCACUUUGUAGCCGCAGAGAGUGUGAGGGACAGGCGCUCGUGUGUGUGUGUGUGCGGACGGCGGCCCUGGAGGACCUGAUCAGAUUUUUGUGUCUUGUUUGGCCAUCAUGUACAAUAAAGAUCUGGAUGCGGAAGACAACCCGCUAAAAAAUGAUGUCAAAUCUCUGGACAACAAUGAUGCAAGCGGAGAAAAUGAUGUACAUAUUAAAAAGAAGAAUAAAAUGAUACGCUUAUCUCGAUUACGCACAGGCGCCUUUUUUGGGGCGAUAUUUCUUUGUCUUACAGUAGUGUUUGCUUUUUCAUUUAUCAUUCCUUGCCCAGUGAGACCCUUUUCCCGGAGAACAUGGAGUGUACAGUACGAUAAUGCUGUUGGCUACACGUUCCUUGCCACUGAAGAUGUGAAUGGGGAUAGUGUGCAGGAUGUUCUUUUUCUUUUUAAAACCGAUAAUUCCAGCAACAUGAAUGUAUCCUGUGAAGAUGGAGGUUUUAAGUCUCCAUGCUUCUUUUUAUCUGCCUUGUCCGGGACAAAUGGGAGCACUUUGUGGGUCAUCCCUGUUAGUGAUGAUGACAAUAUUCAGUUAGUGCAGUGUGGAAUCCAUAACCUUGGUGGUGCAGGACAUUCUGGUUGUCUAUUAAUUGGAAAUUCAGAAGUCAUAUUAGCAGUUGAUUCAAAAUCGGGAAAUAUUUUAUGGAGCAAACCAACUGGAUUUGCAUUAAACUCAGUGGUUAUAAAGCCUUCACUGAAAAUCCCAGAUAUGGAUGAGGAUGGUGUAGAAGACCUGAUGAUUUUUUUAACGAUUGAACAGGAACUACAUAGGGCUAUGUUCUCUGGGAAAAGUGGUGACCGUAUUGGCCAAACUUGGAAAAUUAAUGGAGAAAAAACAAUUGGUCAUUAUACCCAUAUUACAAAGGCAGAAUAUGUGUUAUUCUACACAGAUAACACUAUUAAAGGAUAUUCUGUCAACGAUCUAUGUGCUACAACAGCGGACCAAUCAAGUAAACUUUCAGACCCCAAACAUGAUCCUGAAGGGCAAGCACAGAUGAAUGACUUUAUACCCAUCUUAUCCGAGAGCUCAGGCAAAAUUCUCUACUUGUUAAAUGUUCCUGGGAGUUAUUACAACAACAUUUUGGUUGUGAAAUCAGAAGUUUCGGAACUGCUGGAUGGACAAAAGUUUCAUUCUUUGUGGUCUGUGAACACAAUGGAUAUUUUAAGUAAACCAGCAUUGGGCUAUUUCAAGAGAGAUACUUUGUCAAUAAUAAUGGAAAUUGGAAUCGGACAUAACAGAAAGAAGGUUGUUAUUAUAGAUAGCAAAAGUGGAACUUUGCAGUGGGAAAUCGAAAUGAAUGUAGGAACUGCCAGGCAAAAUCCUGGUAUAUUGAAUACUGGAGACCACCGUUCCAUUUAUCUUUUCUGGGGAGAAUAUUCAACCGAUUCUAACAACACUAUGGAGCCAAAAGAAAACCUGUACAUGUUUCAUUCAUCAAAGCCAAAAGUACUUGUGCAUCUAAACAGUCACACUGAAAACAUCAUCAUAUUUGGUGUGGCUUUGUUUGAACGCAGCCGGCAUGCCUGCUAUGUUCUGAUCACAGGACCUGAAAUGAUGGAAAACCCAGGCAAUCUGACUGUAUCUAAGAGGAGGGUAAAGGAAGAUAUCAGUAAUGGAACAGUGAUUGGGCUUGGGACUGAAGAGGUCGAUACUGAGGAGAUGAAAAGCUAUUUCUCCAGGAUGAGAUUUUCCAGCCACUAGUGGAAAAGAACGAUUUCAGAAAAAAUAACACUAAAUGCCAUGCUACAUACUUUGAGGAUAACCACAUUUAUUUAACAAAAAAGAUGCAAGAACAGUUUUGUGAAAGAACAAAGCUGAAUGCCCACAGAAUA